CAGAGCGAGCGCCGGGGCAGGACGGCUCCGCUCAUUGGCCCUCCCUCGCCCCUUUUUUUUCGGAUUUGCGCGAUUCGGGUUACCCUCGCGACCGAAGAUUAUUAUUAUUCGUCCGUCAGCCGAACUUUUGUAUAAAGGAAAAGCAAAGGAGACCGCCAUUCAGUCGAGGAUACGAAGAUGAGCAGCUCGGAGGAAGUGUCGUGGAUCUCCUGGUUCUGCGGACUGCGAGGCAAUGAGUUCUUCUGUGAGGUCGAUGAAGAUUAUAUUCAGGACAAGUUCAAUCUGACCGGCCUGAACGAGCAGGUGCCUCAUUACCGCCAGGCGCUGGAUAUGAUUCUGGACCUUGAGCCCGAUGAGGAACUGGAGGACAAUCCGAACCAGAGUGACCUUAUCGAGCAAGCCGCUGAAAUGCUGUACGGACUGAUUCACGCCCGCUACAUUCUCACCAACCGAGGGAUUGCCCAGAUGCUUGAGAAAUACCAGCAGGGAGACUUUGGCUACUGCCCUCGGGUGUACUGUGAGAACCAGCCCAUGCUUCCUAUUGGUCUGUCUGAUAUCCCCGGUGAGGCCAUGGUCAAGCUGUAUUGCCCCAAGUGUAUGGACGUUUACACACCCAAGUCUUCACGGCAUCACCACACGGAUGGGGCUUAUUUCGGCACUGGCUUCCCCCACAUGCUGUUCAUGGUACAUCCAGAGUACAGGCCCAAGAGACCAGCUAAUCAGUUUGUUCCCAGGCUGUACGGUUUCAAGAUCCACCCCAUGGCGUACCAACUCCAGCUCCAAGCUGCCAGUAACUUCAAGAGCCCCGUCAAGACUAUCCGUUAGAGAGAAGUGAAGCCACGUUGAUCCAGCCCGUGCUGCUGGAUUUUCCAUCUCCAUGCGUCGGCAAGUGCGAUAUAUGCCACAAAGCUGCAGAUAGUGUCCACGUUUAACCAAACCGAAACUCCUCCUCCACUCCCCCCACCCCCACCCCCACCCCCACCCCCACCCAACCCUUCCUGCCUUUCAGGUCCCUUCCCUUCUCCCCUCUCCACAUCCCAUUUACAGAGUCAUGAACUGAAGUUGGUGCCAAUGGAUUUCUUUCAGUGGGAAAAUACUUAACACAAAAAAAACAUUUUGUUGAAACAAAAAUCCAUGUCUGCGCAUGUGUGUGUGUGUGGGGGGGGGUCAGCUGGAGUAAUCCUUUCCUUUUGCAGCAAGAAUCCCCCCCCCCAAACCUGUAGCGCCUGGUUUUGUACCUUUCCCCCAGACCGGCUGUGCUUAGGAUCCCACCGGAGAGCAGCAGCACCUGCCCACUCGUGGACAGGCACCGUUUCCCAGAUUACCCCAGGACUCGUGGCUAAGGACUCCCACCACCUUCUGUGGGGUUGGGGGUGGGUUGGAAACAAAGGGAGGUGGCGCCGCUGGGGUGGACGUGAUUUUGGAAUGAGCUGAGACCCACGUCACUGAGGAAGAGUCCGACCUGUCAAUUGUUUACAUCAUGUUGCCCGUCGCAGGGCCCAACCUGGUAUCAGCGAGCUGUUUGGGGCGAGAGAGGGAGGGAGGGCACUGCAGGUCAUCUGGAGUGUAUCCCCUUUGGUCAUCUUUCAGCACAGCUGAAUUUCCCCACAAGAAAACACUACUCUGUCUGUGUGUCUCAGUGUGAGUGUGUGUGUGUGUGGCAGCAGCAGCAGUACUCCCUGAGAAAUCCCAGUCAUUAACUUCAGAGAGCCCACCCAUUCCUGGUGGGAGGGACUGUCAUUUUAUUCCCCCAGCAAGCCGAGUGUUUGAUGGAGGGGAGG